AUGAGCAAUUUGCGAACUCAUUCGAAUGAUGUAUUAAUUGAAAGAAUAAUAAGAUGCAGUCGAUUUUGUGGUCCACUUCGAAUUCCAAAAAAGGUUCCACCAAAAAACUAUGAAAAUAUAUUGAAAGUUUUGCAAACUUAUUCGAAUUUGGAUUUGAACAAAAGUUGGUUGAAAUUGAUUGCAGAUCAAUUUAAUGGAAAAUAUAUCGAUUUUCAAAAUGAUCAAUUAAUGACUACUUAUACAGCUAAUGUAAGUUUUUGAUAAGAUUAUUCCUGAAAAUAAAAAAAUGUUUUUUUGCAGUUCAAAACUCGUUGGAUGUUUUUCUCAAUGUUUUUCACAAUUUUGACAAUGAUAUUUAUUUAUUUUCUAUUUUCAAUGUCAAAAACUCUAACAAAUCGAGUUUUAAAAUUUAUAAAAUUCCGAAAAUAUUACACGGGAUAUACAAUUAUCCCAGUUUUUUGUUGUAUUAUGAUUAUCUCAAUUACUGUAACAUUUGGAAAAGAAGCAACGAAAGCUGGAAUUGCUAUACAAAAUUCGAGAAAUUGGAAAGAAACUGCCCAGAAACGUUGGUUUUAUUGAUAAGCUCUCAUUUUAAUUCUUACAAAACGUAUUCAGGCGCCACAUACAUUGGAAAACAAACGUGGAUCGAAAUGAAUUGCUCGACAUUUUUUCCAGCAUUAGAGCCAGAAUAUCUAAGAAAGUUUGAAGAAGAUUUAUUCAAAGUAACAUCAGAAAAUAUCAACAAAGCAAUCAAAUCGAAACUAGGUAUAGUUUUCAAAAAAUCCAAAACUUAUAAGAAUUCCAGGCAAAUCAGUGGAUAAUAGUUUAACCCAAAUACCUGUCACCGCUGUUUUAAAUUAUUAUAAAAUUCAUCAUGAUAUGGUUUUUGAUGAAGUUUGUUUACUGAACGAUCGAACUUAUGAAUUGCUAAAAAUUCCGAGUGAAAAUUUAAUAAAUACUGCAAAAUAUACGAUUUUUGUGGUUUCGAUGGUUUCAAUUUGCUUCACUUCUUUUAUUUGUUGGAUGGUUUUUCUGGAUUUAAAAAAUAAAUGUGAGUUAUUUUGCUGAGAACAGAACAGAGCUUCUUCCUUCUUUUUACCGUAAUAUAUUUUCCAGAUCCUCAAAUCAUAAAAUGUAUCCAACUUUUCUCUCCAAUUCUCCUCUUUUUUAUAAUAAUUGGUUAUUUCUUCAUCUGGUAUAUUUUUACUUCAAUUGUUGGAAGUUAUACGGUAUUCUUGCAUUUAACACAUUCCCAAAUUCAAGAUGAUAUUUAGGCGAUGUUGCAGAUGAGUUUCUCCUCCGAGGAGAAAUGAGGAGAAAUGGGGCGAAAUUCAAAAAAUACAUUGUUUCGCCUCCACGUGCAACACGUUUCUCCUCUUUCUCCUCAAUUAGCCCCGAGGAGAAACUAAUCUGCAUCAUCGCCUUAUUUUGAUCGAUUUGAAACUCAACAAUUUUUCGACAGUUUAACAACUUAUAAAAUUUUAAGUGUUUCACAACCAGCCGUAAAACAAGGUUUGAAUGAAACUUUUCUGUCAAUUUUCGAUGUUUAUCCUCGAAAAUUAGUUGAAGAAUUGAUCAAUAAAACAUCGAAUGUUGAUAUUAUGAAUCCUGAACACAAAUAUUUCAAUGUACUGUCAGAAUGUGUGAGUUAAAUGGUCAUGUACGGAGUUAUUAUAAAUUGUUCUUGCAGCUCAAAAACCCAAGUAAAUGUGAAUGGAAUUCAUACGACGUUUUGGCAAUGAUAAAAGGAGCAGGGGCUUAUUUCCAACCCACCGCAGAUCACGAUUUUCGUGUUCCAGCAAUCAGUUAUCUUCGAUAUUAA